AUGGAGCCCUUGGCGAAGAGGGCCAAGCUAGGAGACGAUGGUGGCAUUGAGCUGCAUGAGGUCCAGUGCCACGGGGACGUGAAGGAUUUACUUAGGUGGAUGGGGCAUGGUGGCCUAAUCCACGUGACGCUGGCGAUGAGCCAAGACAUCGGCUUUAAUUGGCAAAGCUUGCAUCCGAAGAUUGCGGUCCAGCUAUUCUUUCUGAGAUAUUGUGGCCUCAAGAUGGGGAUGGAGGCUCAAUAUGAGUAUAUUUGCGACACGGUGGCAUGGCCCGAAUCGGGAUACGUCGCAACCCUGGUCACCAGAGGAUUUUACGAUAGACGCUUCAGCUUCCGAGGAAAGGUUCGGCAGACCAUCGCAGCUGCUGAAACCUCGGUGGCUCAAGUUUUCCUCUCCCAUCCCAGCAUUAUUGAGAUCGCCUCAAGGUUGCCCCCACCACUGCCAGAUGUUCGACACCGGCUCCUGCUGACAAAGCCUCAGCGGGAAGCUUUGGCAGCAGCAGGCUUGAGCUGGGAGGCAGUACAGGAGGACAUGGUGCAGAAGGUGUACUUUGGAUUCCAGUCCAUGGGCUGCCGCAGCCAACUUUGGGAUGCAAGCGCCGCUUAA